AUAGGGGCUUAAGUUUAACCUUGUAAGAAGGGCCUAAAUGUGAUGGUGGUGUCAGCAUUAAAAGCCUCGUGAUUGAGUAAAUGAUUGUGGAGCAAGGUGAUCUCAGCAAAGUAUAGGAUAUCUGGCUCCUAGAGGCUUUGGGGUGUGAUGCCCUGUCUUUUAUGGUUGCCUCAGGGAUGAUCAAUUUGGGAGCUCUUCAGGGGAUCUACAUAUCAAUGAGUGACAGUAGACGCUUUGUGGCAUUUGCAGGGACAGUAUUUUGACUCUGGAUGUGAGAUCUCUCCCUCUAGAGGGAAAAAGAUUAGAGAGCGGGCUGCCAUGACCCGAGAAAUGAUGUUCCCAUUGCUACUCUUCUUGUUUUUGCUCGGCCGUUGCAGCGCCGAUGUUGGAACCGCUACCUUCUAUAAUCCACCAUAUGCUCCGACAAAGUGUUAUGGGAAUGACACUUCGCAGUUCCCGGCGAACAAUUUGUUUGCAGCAGCAAGCGACAGCAUUUGGGACAACGGUGCGGCCUGUGGGAGGGAAUACACUGUGCGGUGCCUGAGCGAUGCCUCCUCUGCAGAUCCGUGUGUGGCCAACUCUGCCAUUCAAGUUAGGAUUGUCGAUUAUCGAACAGCGGCGGGUACAACUAUGCUCCUCUCCUCGGAUGCCUUCCAAGCCACUGCUGAUCCUAACAUGGCUACCACCAUCAAUUUUGAAUUCCAGCAGGUUUGAAGAUUAUUUGAGAAGACUGGGACUAGUGAUUUGAAGAAGAUGGAUUCAACAUCCCUAAAAUGAUGAUUAUUUAUUUUGCAUUUUAAUGUUUGGGUUGCUGUUGAUUUGUGAAUUUGUUGGGUUCCUUCCAUGCUUCUUCUCAUUCCUCCGACUGUAACAUUAUCCCAUCUUAUUUUAUAUGCAUCUAUGGAUACUAUUCUUUUUAAUGAGAAGUCAAAAGUCUUUUCUUUGUGUAAAAAAA